UGACUUCUACAUAUUUCAGAUCAGAGCUAGUCUAUGCCUCUUGUCUUGCCGUAUAUACAAACGGUCGUGUCUUUUUGCCGCUCGGCGGGCGGGCUGAUUCCCGCUGCAUCCUGGAUGUACCAACAACUUGUUCGUCUUAUUUCUCGUCUGAUGAACAUGACGGAACAGGCAUCUAGUGAUCAACCGCCGGAUGAAGCCACAGCUGACGCCACAGCGAACCGCUUGUCUACUUCAUGCCUUACGAUCCCACCACAGAUUGGUUUCGAUGCAGAAACUUUAUCACGCCUCACCGCAGAAUUCAAGGAAAUAGAUGGUGCAAACCGCUGGGAUGAAGUCUACUCCAAGAUUAUGGAAGAAUCUGUGAAUCCACUACUUUUUUCGAAAGAAGCACGGAAGCCGCGAAACCGAAUACUGAAUCGCUACAAAAAUGUGAAUCCGUAUGACCACAGCCGGGUUGUUCUCUCCGAUUUCGAAGUCGAUUAUGUGAAUGCCAACCUAGUUGAGGUCCCGUCGGUUGGUCGUCGUUACAUUCUUAGUCAAGGGCCGCUUGAGAUCACGUCAUCCCAUUUCUGGCUCAUGAUUUGGCAGCAGAAAUCAAAAGGCAUCAUCAUGUUGAACGGCUUGUUCGAGAAGAAAGUACCGAAAUGCUUCCAGUACUGGCCGGACAAAGUAGGAACUACUCUCACUUUCAACGACGUCCAAAUAAUGGUUAAAUUAGAUGAGGAAGUUAGCGGCAGUGUUUUCACCACGCGGAAGUUCUCCGUCACGAAAACUAGUGAUUCUGCAGUUUUACCACCGGGUCGCAUCAUCACGCAGUUCCAUUAUACUACAUGGCCAGAUUUUGGUGCUCCGAAGACUCCCGCGGAAUUCUUGGAUUUUCUAGUGGCCGUGCGGGAAUCCGGAGUUCUAUCUCCGGAUGUUGGACCUGCGAUUGUGCACUGCUCGGCGGGAAUCGGACGAUCGGGAACGUUCUGUCUCGUCGAUGCUUUCUUACUAGAGCUUGGCGCUGGUCGUCAGAAAGUCAGCAUUAGAGAAUGCUUGCUCGCCAUGCGCCAAUUCCGGAUGGGCUUGGUUCAAACAUCAGAACAGUACCGGUUUGCGUUCCUUGCGAUUCUUCACGGAGCCAAAGACGAGAGACUUGUUCCGUGCCGCGGGUCUGCUGGAUCUGAAAAUGGCACCAUAGUCACUGUGUUGGAUGGACCCGUGGAAAGGGAAGAAAAUUCAGAAGGAGCUGAACCUGUGGCGACUGAUGGCGACACGCAAGUUGAAGAUAUUUUCGACAGCUCUAAAGUAAUGAAUGGCGGAGUCAAUGAAAAGAAUGAGUCGGAUGUGGAGCCGGAUAAGAAUGAUCUCAAACGGCAUGCCGUCCAUGCUGAAAGCGAGUCCGAGUCCCCAGUGAAACAUCCCAAGACCGAUGAUCAUGUGGAAGUUAUCGAAUAA